GGUGUUCCCAGAAUACGCUGCUUUUGACACGUGUUUCUAAAGAUGGCAGCUUGCAUGCAUGCAUAACAGCACAGUGUUUUUAGAGCUCCUUAAUGGUUCAUAGUGAAGAACACUGAAUAACAACAAGGAGAUUUGACAUUGCAGGACAAAAUGACAGAUGUUGCUCUUGACAAGACUGAUCCAGCUGGUUCAUUACCCAGCACAGAGAAAGAACCAGAUGACAUAAUAGAAGAGAACAACCAAGAGAAUCCGCCAGCAACAGCAGCAGAAGGAGAAGGUGCAGCAGGUGGUCUGUACCGUUACAUCAAAGGAGAUCUCUUCACCUCGGAGAUCUUUAAAGUUGAGAUUCAAAACUUGCCCAAGUACAUUGGUUUUAAUGACCUGAAGAAGUUCCUCAACAAGCAUGGGGUCAAUCCUCACAAAAUCAAGCUGUUUAGCAAACAGAUGUUUGCCUUUGUCACUUUUAAGAAUCAGGAGGAAAGGGACAAGGCCAUGAAGGCAGUGCACGGCAUGCAGUGGAAGAGUAAAGUGCUGAGCGUACGGCUGGCCAAGCCCAAAGCUGAUCCCAUCCUCAAGAAGAGGAAACAAGAGGAGGAAGCGGAAGGUGGACAGCCUGGUGCAAAACGUGCAGCCGGUAGCCAGGAGGGAGAGGAGGAGGAAGAAGGGCCUCUCAAUAUCCAGAUUGCCAAUGCUGUAACACCCUUGUGGAACGUACCUUAUGAAGAACAGCUGAAAAGGAAAGAGAAAGAAGUUGAAGGUGUUCUCCAGAAACUGACCAGAGAAAUUGGCAACAACAACAAAGCCAUGCUUCCCUGGUUGUUUCUUCAAAAAGAGAAGUACAACAAACUGUGCUGCCCACUCGAGGCCAUACGACCAUCACCUGUGCAGACGGAGUACAGGAAUAAGUGUGAGUUUGUGAUUGGAGUGGGAGCAGAUGGAGAGGAUAAGACAGUGGGCUUUCGUUUAGGCAAGUAUAAAGGAGGAUCCUGUGCAGUAGUGAGUCCAGCAGAAACCAGCCAUGUAUCUUCUGAAGCCAAGAGGGUUGUGCAGGGCUUCCAGCAGUUCAUCAGGACAACUCCCUAUGCAGUAUACAGUCCAGAGACUUAUGAAGGUCAUUGGCGGCAGCUAACAGUCCGAACAAGCAGGAUAAAGCAAACAAUGGCCAUUGUUUUCUUCAAUCCACAGAAACUCCAAGAAGAAGAAAUUGAGGAACUCAAACGAAACCUGCGUCAGUAUUUUACUGAAGGAGAAGGACAAGAAAGUGCCAUCACUUCAUUGUAUUUUGUGAGAAUGGGACAGAGAACAUCUGCGGGUACAGAGGACCUGCCAUGUGAACACGUGACUGGAGAAGAAUGGAUUCACGAAGAGCUUCUCGGACUUAAAUUCCGUAUCUCUCCACACUCAUUCUUUCAGACAAACACCCCUGCAGCGGAGGUUCUGUACUCUGCUGUGGGUGAAUGGGCACAGCUGGACCAGGACAGCACUGUGCUGGAUGUGUGCUGUGGAACAGGGACCAUCGGCAUCUCGCUGGCAAAGAGAGUGAAGAAGGUGAUUGGCAUAGAGUUGUGCCAGGAGGCAGUGGAAGAUGCUAAGGCUAACGCUGAAGCUAAUGGGUUGACCAAUGUGCAAUUCCACUGUGGAAAGGCUGAAGAUGUGUUUCCCACUGUUCUUAAUGCUGUCGUGUCCCCCAACGUCACAGCAAUCGUUGACCCUCCGAGAGCUGGGCUACAUUCCAAAGUUAUUCUAGCAAUUAGAAGAGCAGAGCAUCUGAAGAGACUCAUCUACGUUGCCUGCAAUGCCAAAGCAGCUAUGAACAAUUUUACUGAUCUCUGCAGAGCUGUUUCGAACCGUGUGCGAGGAGCCCCUUUCCGUCCGGUGAGAGCUAUGGCUGUUGACCUCUUCCCCCAGACCAUGCACUGUGAAACCAUCCUGCUGUUUGAAAGAGUAGACUACAGCUCUGAAACUCAGACCACAGAAACCUGAAGCUCUGUUAUCUUCAUCUAUCGUGCCAGCACGGCUGUCUCUCUUCCAUUUAAACACUGAGUGAAAUUCAAAUAUUCACUUUUUCUUAAGAGUUCAACUGACUUCAAAGUGCUCAAAACAUUACCACAUUUUUGUAAAGGUUUCUUUUCUCUUUUGUUUGCAUUAAAAACAGCACAAGACAUCAGUUUCUGGUCAUCAAUUUAUUUGCAUAAACAAAUCACUGUGUAUCAGCAAUCAUGUCACAUGAAAAGAACAUUUUUUUUUUUUUAGGCAGCUUUACUUGAAGCUAAAUAAUCCAACAUGAUCCCUUCAAUGAUAGCGACUAAAAAGCACGCUUUUCUUCACACAAUUAAUACACACUUAGCAUGACUGACAGGACAAGUUGUACACUCCAGCCAUGUAUUGGAAAAGCAUAUUCUCAAUGCACUCUUAGUAUGGCAGGAGCCUUGUGCUCAUGGAAAACAGGAAGGUGCCUUCAAUCAGAAGCUCACAAACUUAAAUAUUAAACUCAAUGACAGUGCACUGCAGUUUUUUAGUCGCUGUCCCAAGAAACCCCCCCGUGUUAAACAGACUUCCUGUCAUAUCUGAAGGCCAGAAUCCCCACCCCCCCCCUUCUCCCAUUUUAGUUUGAAGGGAAGUGGAGAUUGUCUUCAAACAGGCACCAUAUUUUAAUCCAGCAGUUAUUGCAUUUUUUU